GUCUUAUCCGUUGGACUCGAUAGAAGCGCCCACACCCACGUUCAGAAUACCCUCUUUAUUUAUUUAUUUGCGAGGUAUUUCCGGGUCUUGAUAUUUCCUAGUUUCAUAUCCGCAAAAAAAAAAAUUAGAGGGGGGAAUCACACGAUUCGCAACAAUAACAAAAUGAAGGCCAAUCAAUGAAGCCGGCAGACAGACAAGCGGCAAAAACAAUAAUAAACCUGUCUGACAAUUUUUACGUGCGGAUAAAAAUUCUCUUUGCCAAUUGUUUUCGAGGUGAACUGUAACCGGCUUGUCUCCAGGGCCGCUAUCUAAGGUUAUCGAAACAGUUAAUCACUGCCUUAUUUUUUACUACAGUGUUUUUCCGAUGGGCUAGUUUUGACUGCAAUUUUUUUACGACCCAAAAGAGAACGAUGCUAUCACGUUUCUUUUUUCGCUAGAAAAUCAUCUUCAUAUUCGUUAAACGGCUACUUUCUCUUUUUUUUGUUGUGUGUGUUUUUCGUGAAAUGACCGGCAAAUCCCUUAUCGGCAUAUUUCAUCGGCUUCUUUAGCUAUUAGCCUACUUUCCUUCACUUUACACCCUGCGUUGAACGCCAUCUAGUGAGAGUAUUUGAGGAAGAACUAGCAGACGACGAAGUGAAGACAACAAAGUUGAACACGUGUUUCUGUUCAAAAAGUCAUGGAGAACGUUAAUAUUUCGCCGCUGAAAAAGGAACCAGUUAUCUGGUUACCAGCAGAUAUAGUUGAAAAAGUCUCCGUAAAAUUGAAUGGAAAUAAAACCAGCAAUGGUAACAAGUCUGAAGUAGAUGAUUUGAUUGAUUAUAUUAACGAAUUGCUAAAUCCACUUUCCAGAAAACAUUUGGAUGUUUUAAAAAAGAUAACAAAAAACCUUACAACAUAUGCUUCAUCUGAUUUAUGGCCUUUGCUGCUUGAGAUUGUUGUGAGUGGUCUCUGUUAUUGCCAUUCAAAUCAUAGCAUCAGAUCUUCAAUCAAUGGACUCAUCAGAAAGUUACCCGAUGCUGAUCUUGGGACUGUGUCUUCUCUUACAUUGGAAACAAUGUUUGAAAUGAAUGGUGUUGAACUUGUGGCAGCCUUACUUCAGACAGACUUUGGAAGCAAAGUGAUAGUUAGAAAUAUUACUUUUGUUUUGAAGUUCUUUGCCACCUUGCUUAAUCAACUCUACAAGGAAGUCCACUGUUCCAAGUUAACAACUGAAAUUGCAAAGCUGCAUGCCAACAUCCAUUCAUUGUCAAGAACCCUACUGUCUGUCUUUAAGCUCAUAGAGAUAACGAGUAUUGAAGAACAAAGCCAUCAACUUCUAUAUUCAAUCAUAUCGGUCCUUAACCUGAAAGGAAUCCCAUUGGAGGUUCAGGGGAACUGCUCAAAAAUUCUAGUUCUCUUGUUGAGACAACAGCAGAAUGGAAUACAAUGUAUAAUUGAGAAAAUAACAGUUGUAGAAGACAACAACCAUAGCAUGUUGAUAUCCCUAGAAAAUACUUUGCCAACCAGACUGAACCUCUCAAUUGCCAUACUCACUAGCUUGGAAAUUAAAGAACUGCUAGAAGAACAACCAUCAAAUGGCACUAUUCUGGGUGGUGUUAUUCUUCCAUUCCUUCUGAAUUCUGGCUAUGGAUUCAACGAAACUGGAUUAGCGCUGCUGACUGCGCGCCUAAUGGAACAAUGGCAGCGGAAAUGCUACGAAUGUUUCACGGCCCAUCAAGCAACGUUGCUGCAAAUUGAGUGGAACAGAGCGCGUGAUCGACUUUUGGAAUUAAUCCUAAACGGCCUCGAACAUCAAGUGGAUGUUGUACGCCACACUUCCAAAGAAGCAUUCCAUUAUAAUGUGAAAAUCUACAUUCUUCUUCAAGGUGACAAAAGCCGGAUUGUGAACACCAUUUUAGGAAUGCCACGUUUCAAGAAAUCAAAAUACAUGGCACUUGCCUGUCUUGCAAAAACUGAGCUCAUUUCGUUCCUCAUAAGUGCUGAACACAGCCUGGCAGAAGAGCUUCUCCAUGUUGCCACAGAUGUCGAUCUUUCUAGUCAGGUCAGAGAGGUAUUCAACCUGUUGAUGUUAAAAGAUACGGAACACACAGAUGAAUGGAUGAGACGGUGGUUGUACCCUCUACUGAGUGCGAUAGAACAAUACCCUAACGGACAGAGUUUCGAUAGUUCAUUAGUUGAUUUAUUGAAGCAAUAUCCUAAGACUAUCUACAAUGUCGAAAUAUGGUGCCAAGGGGACUGUGCGUCACGCCUUGCUGUAUACAUAACGGCUUUGCUUGCAUGUAGAAAGCUUGGCUUCCUUCCCACCAAUGGUGAUGCACCGGAUGAAAAUCUUUGGAACAGUGUCGUCAAUAUGGACGUACUAGAACAGGCUUUGGAACACAAAGAUGAGAAGCUGCGAUUAAAUGCGCUUGGCGUUAUCGUCGAAGGACCGAAAACUUCCCAGUUGUAUUCUCAGCUGGAAGUCCAAUGGAUUUGCCAAUUCAUCUCAAGAAAUAUGGUUAACCAUAAUGCUGCUUUCCGCCAACAGUUCUGCUCCUACAUCAAAAAGUUUCUGUUGAAAUUACGCAAUGGUGGUGUCCCUCUCAUUGGCCGUAACGAUACUAUCGUGACCAGUUAUCGGAGUUUUGUUUUCUGGUUAACUGUCAAAUGUCUCAUAGAUUUGGGACCUGGUUCGAGUUUUCCACGGCGAUUUCUGUCACUCCAAUUCCUGAAGUUGAUUCAGGAAACCAUAGGAUUGGAGUCCAAUCCUAAAGGCCUAAACAUAAGUUCUAAUCUUGGCUUACCUGCCAUUUCGUCGCUCGUCGACUGUUUUUUCGAUUCUUAUGAUGUCAACAAAGAACUUGCAUUAGAGCUUUUGCAGUCCCCUCCUAUGAUUACUGUCAUCACCCAGGACCCGAAAGGAUACGAAUUGAUAAGCGUUUACAGGAAAUCGAGCGCAGCUCUUAGUCAAAGUCUUCGAUCAGCUGAUACAGUAGCUGCUAACUUCUUUUUCCGUUGGCUCAUCCAUCUAAAAUUCGACAGCGAAGAAGAAGUACGAUCUAGGCACGAUUGGUCGCUGAAAACAAGAAACACAUUCACGCUGAUUGGCGAAUUAAUUCAGAUAUUGAAAGAUCAACUGGAUGCGGCCCGGAAAGAUGUGGGCCAAUUGGCCAUUGAUGCCCCCAUUUACGGAGUGCUUUCAUCAGUCCGGCUCUUAUUAAGCGAUCAGCAAUCGAGGACGGAGGAAAUGAAAAAUGAAUCGUGGGCAUCCAUUCUUUCAUUUGUUAUAGAAAUCUGUUUUGCUGCGAGCGCCAUUGCAUCACCGGUGGUUACCUGCGAAUCUCCUGAAGGGUUUCUUCCUGGUGAUUUUUCUGAUUUACCGUCGCAGAACUUGAACGCUCAAACGCUGCUUGUGUCCGCUUGGCGCACUGUAAAAGAGGUGGCUCUUCUAUUUGGUCAAAUAUCAGCCUGGAUGCUUGAAAGCGAUUUUCGAUUGAUAGAAGACGAUGUGAUCCUUAAAUUAGGUCUACAUCUCAAACUACUGUUGCUCGAAACAAAACAUCGUGGAGCGUUCGAGCAAGUCUACUGUGGUUUUUCGCAGCUCUGUUACGCUCUAUGGAGGAGUUCGAAACCAGAAAUUCAUAAUUGUCCUACGUCCUGGCUCCUAGAACUCGUUCAGGAUCUAAAGGAUAAUGAUUCGGCAGCCAAAUUAUGCGCCACUCGUCGUUCAGCAGGUUUACCAUUCAUCUUCCAGGCCAUCCUGUCGCCGGAAGUAGAAAUGGGAAGCGGGGAGCUGUUUAAAAAUACCAUCGAAUCUCUUCUUGAGAUCGCAAGUAACGGGAAAUCUAACGAGUGCCGAAUUCACGCUCUUAAUAUUCUGCGCAAUCUUUAUCGGGAAUCACGCCUAAACCAAGUGAUUGGGCCGUACAUUGCGCGUGGAUUGAUUUUAUCCAUAACAGGUUUUGAGGCCCCAGAUUGGCCGGAACGAAAUUCGUCUACCCUGCUGUUCGGUGCUUUAAUGAUUCGCAUCUUUGGCGUACCGAAAUCCAAACACGAUUUCCAGAAAAAAAAUAGUCUUACGGGCCGCGUCUUCUUUCAAUUAUACCCGUCGUUGUACCCGUUUCUAUUGGAUCGUCUACGUAUUUGUGUUGCCGAUAUCAAAAGUGGCGGAAUUCAUCUUCACCCUUCAUUGUUCCCAAUGUUGGUAUUGCUGGGGAGGCUACAUCCACCAGCUUGCGAAUUUUCGGAUUCAGCUUUCCAGCUGGAACCUUUUAUUCCGCUAGUUCGUGCCUGUGGAUCUUCACCCGUCCUGAAAACGAGACAAUUGGCUGCACAAGCUCUGACACCUUUGUUGACUACAAAGGCCUACUAUCGUUUGCUUCUAGAACUCUGGAAUUCCCUUCCGAAUUGUGCGUUGCAUAACGAACUUCACGGAACGUUAUUACAGAUUCACUAUUUCGUCAAGGACUCGUCUCUUUCGCCUGAAACACGUGAUCUGGUGUUCAGAAUGUUAACCAACAAAAUUGAAAGAUUGGUUGGAUGGCUACGCAGCUGCUGCUACCUUAUUCGAUAUGAAGCCGCUGAGAUUCUCAGACUUGUUAUUGAUUCAGAAACGUCUAUCGAGGAUAGCGUGUCUGGCAAGUGUUUGGGAAUACUUCGCUACCAGUUUCAAGUAUUUCAAGACAAACCUUUUUACCCACUUGCCUCCCAGAAGUUUGCAGGUAUCGCCAUACCUAGCGACGUCAUAUCUCAUACCGCGAACGCCAUUGAAUUGCUAAAGCAUCCGGUUAGCGAAGUUAGAUUGGAAGUUUUGCAAAGGCUGGAAUCCUUGGACACAGCCGCCGCUUUACCAACUUGCAUAUGGCCUGCGCUGAAUUAUAUCAUUGCAGACAAAGAAGAGGCGAGAGAAUGUCGAAUCAAAGCAUUAGCGCUUGUUGGUCGCUUUAGAGGCUAUAACAAGGAACAGCUCGAAUGGAUGCUUCAGCUCUAUCGAGAAACAAGUGACGACAUUUUCCGCUGCACAGCCUUGGGUGCCGCGGGUCGCAUCAUGUGCCCAAGUAAUUCCGACGACCUCGAUCUCGUGAUGAAAUGGAGUGAAUAUUUGGUAGAAUCUGUGUCAUCGACGAUCUCCUUUCGCCAGAUGGUUGUCGAAUCUGUUGCAAGGUGCGUUGAAUUGUUGAAAAUCGACGGAAGUCUAGCCGCCUCCACAGAACAUGGUUCAAUUUUAUCGAACUUGUGGGUAUGUCUGUUACGUUGCCUUAUCGAUGAUGAAGAACACAUACGAACGGCAGCAGCUGCAGUCGUCGGGGAUCUCGGCACCGGAUAUUGGAGUCAGCCCUCCGUCGCCACUGAUAAGGCCUUGAAAUAUCUAAUCGACAAAAUUGGCUCCACUUAUACGAUGAGGGUGAUUCUCUUGCUGUUCGAUAUGGUUCUGGAGGAAGACGAGCAAUCGGAAGAAGAGAGUCAGGCCUUCGAGACAGGUGACAGCAAUGUGUUUCGAGAACCAUUAGCGCACUCCGUGCUCCUCUGUCAAUUCAUUGAGCAAUGCAUCAGACAACAUGUUGCCUCUCCGCCGGAUUCGGAUAUCUUGGCAGAACUCCUUGAAAAUCAUUGGAAAUCGCUGGGAAAUUGUGAUACCACAGCCGUGGACUUGCUUUCUUCUAAUCGACGAUCUGCUACUGUUUACAUUGUGAAUGUCAUCAAGCUUUUCUUGGUGACGAAAUCGUUGCACUCGAUUCAUGGAAAUAUUGCCGCUCUUCACCAAUGCAUCCAUAAUUGGCUUUCACAGCUAAACCCGCAUUGGUUUACAUAUUCGAUUCAACAACUUGUUUUUCGAAAAUCUGUGUAAAUUAAGUGUUUCCUCUCAGUGUACAGUUCUCCGCCAUCAAAAACUGCCAUUCUCCUUCCAUGGCAUCCAAGGCACUACAUGGCAUUACGUGCAACAACGGGCAUCUACCGACAGCUCCCAAUAGUAUGAUGGCCUUCAACAAUCGGCACUUUUUCGGCUAUUGAUUAGUACACCACUUGUCCCAGUUUGCGUGCAGCAUUCGUGAUUUACAGUUCUAAAAUUAGCUAUAGAAAAUGGCGAUCGAUUUGACGGUGAGUCCUCCAUUUGUGACAAAAUUGGGUAAUUGUCUUUUAUUUCGACCACUGUACAUACUUUCGGAGACCUAGGUACGUUUUUUAAAAAAUAACUUGUAAUUCAUGCCGAAGGACCAAAAUCAAUAACAUAAUACAUGUCUAACAAGCAUCCUCCAUGACUGCACUGUGCUCAGCACUCUUCAUGCCGUUUUUUAAUGCUGGCUUCUGCAUGCGGAUUUCUUCCACUCAGAACCAUGCCUUGGCAUGGGGAACGAUGGGUUUCCUUAAGUUUUUCGUCGUGAGCUGACAUCAUCUAAAUUGUAACGAAAGGUAAAAAUAAUUCAUCUUCCAUUUUAACUGACCUUUUCACCUGAAAGAGCAGCAUUCGUCGAACGCCAUCAGACGUGUUGGGAUAGCUGCCAUGUACAAGUAGAUACGAAAAAAUAACGACUUGCCCUUGAUCAUGUAAGUUAAA